AUGCUCGCGGCGCGGGAAGAGGAACUAGCGGAGCAGCACCAGGACGCGCUCGUCGAGCAGACGCGGGAAAUGGAGGCCUUGGCGAGAGAGAUCCACGAGGAGCACGAGAACAUGCUCGCGGCGCGGGAGGAGGAAUUAGCGGAGCAGCACCAGGACGCGCUCGUCGAGCAGACGCGGGAAAUGGAGGCGCUCGCGCGGGAAAUCCACGAGGAGCACGAGAACAUGCUCGCGGCGCGGGAGGAGGAGCUCGCGGAGGAGGCCGCGGCCGCCGCCGAGGCGCACGCCGCCGCGACGCGCGACCUCUCCGAGGCGCACGCCACGGCGUUGGCCGAGGCCAUCGCCGCCAAGGACGAGGAGCGGCUCCGCGCGCUCGACGGGGCCCGCGACGUCCACGCGACGGCCAUGGCGGAGGCCGCGGCCGCGGGCGAGCGGCGGCGCGCGGAAGCGCAGGACGCGCACGACGCGGCCUUCGCCAGGGCCACGCUCGAGAACGAGGAGACCAUCGAGCGGCUCGAGGCGCUCCACGACAAGCAGAUGGCCGAGGCCGCGGCCGCGGCGUCGAUGGCCCAGCACGUCGCCGUCGAGACCGCGGUCGAGGCCCAGCGCGUCGUCCACGUCGAGAACCUCGAGGGCGAGCUCAAGUCGCUCGAGCGCGACAUGCUCGACUGGCACGCGGACAACAUCGAGCGGCGCAAGCCCCUCAACCGCCUCAAGGCCAUCAUCUCGAAGCUCCGGCACGGCGAGGCCGUCCUCGGGCGCCAGCUCCUCGACUACCGGCGCGACUGGCGCGACACCGCGAACGCGACGAAUGCGACGAACACCACCGAGGCCGCGGAGGCCGUCGCGGCCCCGAGGCGAGGCCCCUUCCACGCCAUCCGCGCGCUCUUCCAGCGCGACAAGGCGCCGCCGGCCGCGCCGUGA